AGCUUCAGAUUCCUUUACAUGAAGAGUAUACAUGGAAUAUUCCAUACACCGUAGAGGGUACUUAGAAUGCUUAAGAUACAGCAGGCAUGCUAGGUAUCUGAGAAGAGAGCUUAAAUUCAACCUUCUUUUGCUUAUGAAUUGCUUAGAGCUAAAUUCAGGAGUGGCGUUUAGUGUGUCAAGAGUGCUGCUAGGUUGGCCAUACAAAAAGAAAAGGCAGACAGCAGAUGAAGACUGAAAGUUUCUCUGGGAAUUAAAAUAAAGAAAGCAGAAGAACUACUGCUAUUAUUUACAGCGUCUUUCUCCUUGUAACAAUGACCACCAUAAAAUCUGAAACAGGGUGUCACAUAUUUGAUGUGAUGGAAUAUCUUGUUCACGAGAUGGCCUAAAACGAGAUGAAUUGAGAUGAGUUGUCUUCCCUAGCCUAAUUGGAAGAUGAGAAAUUGUUGAUGUCUUGAAUUGGUGCUGGAGCUGGUAAAACUUGGAAUACUAGGUUAUGCUUUAAUUCAGUUAAGAUGGAGGAGAUUCCUGUUGGAAGGAGAAAGAAUUCUGAAUUUGGGACUGAACAUAUUUUAGAGACAUCUAGUCAUUCAUCUCCUUUUGAAGGAGCUUCUGCACCUCCUUAUGAACUGAUAAAAAAUGGAUCGACAGAUGAAAAACAAAGUUCAGGAAAGAAUGGAAGCAAAUCUUUGUGUGAUUUACUUGAUCAACAGCCUCAACAUCUAAAUGAUUCAAACACUCUCCUCACCUCUGAACAAGAGAUUAAAGAUGCAUUUCUCCAGUACACAGCAACAAAGUUUUGCUAUAGGACUGCCCCUGCAAAGCAUUUAAAAGUCCAGAUGCUAACUCCUCUCAACACAUACAGAUAUCGGUUAGAGACUUUCACUGAAAGUAGAGACACACACUUGGCAAGUGAAUGCUAUUAUGGUGGAUUUGUGGACUCAGCUGAUGUUGCACCUCCACCCACACCCUGGGAAAUCCUGGUGGAUCCACCUCCCUUGUUUACAGACUGUGAAAUGCAUAUCCCAGUGCCCCACUCAUAUUCCCUGGGGAAUUGUCGAAACUGCAAUGGCCGUGGUGCAAUUACAUGCCAAUCAUGUCAAGGGAAGGGCACGAAAAAGUGUUCAGCUUGUAAUGGGAGUGGGUUCAAUUCAGAUGAAUUCAUUUCCUGCUCAUGGUGUUCAGGUUCAGGAAACAAGCGUUGCUCCAGUUGCCAUGGCAAUGGGCGGCAUAUGUGUUACCGUUGCGAUUGCAAAGGAAUAUUGCUAUAUCAUACUGAACUUUCAAUCACAUGGAAGAACAAUAUUUUAGAACACAUAGCAGAUGAAAAAUCUGAACUUCCAGUUUACCAUCUGCAGGAAGUAACUGGAAGAAAAAUACUCAGUGAUGAGCAUAACUUGGUACGUCCCAUGAUUGAUUUCCCAGAAUCAUCCAUUAAAGACUAUUCAAGGACAAGCAUUGUUCAACACAAAAUGAUGUUUGCUUCAGAUGAGCACCGGAUCUUGAAACAAAGACAAACGGUUGAGCUGGUUCCACUCACAAAAGUUAAAUAUGAAUGGAAAGGCAAACCUUACUCCUUCUAUGUCUUUGGCAAUGAGAAUAAAGUCUACAGCGAAGACUACCCUGCAAAAUGCUGCUGCUCUAUCUUGUGAAAAAGAACCAGUUUAGUGACAGUCUCCUAUUAAAAUACAUAGCUGUUUUCUGCUUUUAAUCUCUACAGCAGGGAUAGGAAACCUCGGCUCUUUUAUGACUCGUGGAAUUCAGCUCCCAGAAUUCCUGAGUCAGCCAUGCUGACUCGAAUUCUGGGAGUUGAAGUCCACAGUCAUAAAAGAGCCAAGGUUGCCUACCCCUGCCCAUCUCAGGAUUCUUUCUUGUGCAGUGACUAUGCAAAAAAGGACGUUACUAUUUGCUCCAUCCAGAGGAAUCCGUGCAUUGUUUUCUCUGUCCAAAAGAAUUUGUGGCUAAUUCAUUAACCUUAUUUAUGCAGAUGAAAAAUGAAGGAAGCUACUUGUUCUAAUGCACCUUGAAAUAGCGUAUUUGCAUAUUUUGCAACUCAAAUAUUUAGAUACUUUUAGGUCAUUUUCUACCCAGAGCAUUCACUGCAAGAGUAGCCUGGAGAAGUUGUAUGUUCCAAUGAUGCUGCUCAUCAGCACUGUGUGCAGGAGGCAAGCUUUCCCACAAAUAGCUGUAUAGGUAGGCUUCUACACCAGUCAGCAUUGUGGAAAUCAAUGUACAUAGCAAUAGCACUUUAUAGUGCUUUACAGCCCUCUCUAAGUGGUUUACAGAGUCAGCCUAUUGCCCCCAACAAUCUGGGUUCUCAGUUUACUGACCUCGGAAGGAUGGAAAGCUGAGUCAACCUUGAACAGGUGAGAUUCGAACUGACAAACUGCUGGUAGCUGGCAGUCAGCAGAAGUAGCCUGCAGUACUGCAUUCUAACCUCUGUGCCAACACAUCACCAAAUACAUACCAUCAUAUGUAUUGCAUAUCUUUAAAAAAAAAAUAGGGCAACUGCAUAGCAUGUUAUAUUAGCCUUUCCUACUCUGGUGCCUCCAGAUAUAUAGGAUUGUACUUCUAUACUCUCUAGACUAUAUGGUCUUUUCUUUCCCCUCUUUCCAAAUUGUACCUCAUUGUAAAUUUAAAAUCUGAAGUUGACAAUCCUGUAUUUUAUUAAAUGUUCUACUUUUUCAAAGAUCUUGACUUGACCUAAAAAGGCUACAGGCUUUGUAAGUUGUGUUGGUAGAAUUAUUUCCUUACGGCUAUGUGUUCAGUGUAAAAUCAUGUCAAAAUAUCUUCUCUGUCGUCUUCUAGGUUUAAAGCAAAAGCUGUGAUAUUUCAGUCACAGUUCUCUAAAACUAAACAAACUAUAAAUCACGACACACUCUCUAUGUCAACACCAAUUCAGUGAAGAGCUGUGAUUUAUAUCAGAACAUUUAUUAUACUAAAUCUAACAUUUGCCACUGUUGAUUUGCUCCCAUUUAUUCCAUGAAUAAAGAUUUUAGCACUGUUUUGAUACAGUAUGGCAUCUCAUUUCUUUCUUUUUAAAAAUAUUAUUUUACGGCGCGAUAAUAGCGUUUUUCCCAAAUGUUGCUCCUUUUCAAAAGUAGAUAAAUAAACGACAAUGU